UCAAUUUCCACCCGGCGGUGUAUGCCCUAGGCAACACACUGGUGAUACCCAACAAUGCCCUGCAGCUGGACUUGAGUCGUGUCGCACACGGCACAUCAUGGCACGAGUGUCGCAAGCGGUAGUAGGUUGCAUGGCUUUCGUAGUUGUAUCCGUCAGUCAGGCCAUAGGCAUGCACUAUGAUAAUCGACUGAAGAUUAUGCACUUCCUACAUAUUUCCUACAAUUCAUGUUGCACUUCAUUCGUUUCAUUAUACUCAAUAAGUUGCUCUCGCAAAGCAGUCUAGGGUUGCACGAAGAUCUCACU